AGUAAGACGAUCAGCGACAGGAUCAUCGAAUACUGCAAUAAGUCAUAAUAAGAGAAAUCCAUCAUCCGUGUCCCAGUAAACAUUGCACUGCAGGGAAGCCGUCAGCAGUGUAUAGCUAAACUACCCUACUGACGCAUACAGAGCUGCCUUAAAACGAGCCUUUCGGCGACUUCGCAAGGCGGGACAAACAUGAAUGGGUGUUGUACUAAAUUACGGAAUAAAUAGUUACAUCUCCAUUGUUGUACUUUACUUCCAGUCACACAGAAACACCUAUGCGGAUGUUGUCAUUACGAAACACAUCAUCACAGCGGGCAAAGAACAAGCAGCGCCGCAGAGCGCCGGAUGGGAAACGGCACUAGCGCCCCUCACUGGAGCGGAGGACGCGAGAGUCACGUCUUUACGUCACUGCAGUCUUCACGCGGCGCUUCCAAACAUCAUGGCGGCUGGUUUCAAAACCGCAGAGCCUCUAGAAUAUCACAGGAGCUUUCUGAAAGAAAACUGUCGGCCAGAUGGAAGGGAAUUGGGAGAGUUCAGACCCACAACCUUAAAUAUUAGCUCUAUAUCUACAGCUGAUGGAUCAGCAUUGGUAAAAAUUGGAAACACCACAGUGAUCUGUGGGAUCAAAGCUGAAUUGACUAUGCCACCAUCUGAUGCUCCAAAUAAAGGAUAUAUAGUCCCAAAUGUAGAUCUGCCUCCACUGUGCUCAUCUAGAUUCAGACCCGGUCCACCAGGAGAACAGGCUCAGAGUGCCAGCCAGUUUAUCGCAGAUGUCAUUGAAAGUUCAGAUUUAAUAAAUUUGGAGGAAUUGUGCAUUGAAAAAUCUAAGCUUUGUUGGGUGCUGUACUGUGAUAUUAUGUGUUUGGAUUACGACGGGAACUUACUUGACGCCUGUAUCAUAGCUCUGCUGGCAGCUUUAAGGAACGCCCAACUCCCUGAAGCCACUAUAAACAAGGAGACAGAUUUAGCAGAAGUUGACAUCCAGAAGAAGAGGCACUUGAAGAUCAACCGGCAUCCAGUUGGCUCAUCAUUUGCAGUAUUUGACGACUCUAUAAUCAUAGUCGACCCCACAGCGGAAGAAGAAAGCCUGUCAACAGCAUUACUGACCGUGGUAACAGACGAGGAGGAUCGACUCUGUGCCGUCCACAAACCAGGUGGGACGUCGUUAUCUGGUGAGAAACUGCAACACUGCAUAAAUCGGGCCAUAACGAGAAACAAAGAAAUCAGCAAACUGGUGGACAAAGUCUUUGAGAGCAUGAAGACGGCGAAAUAAACACACAGAGUCAUGACGUUUUUAUCUAAAAGAUGUAUUUUUCACUGUCAAUAUAUACUUUCUUUUUUAUCACAAUAAAACUGCCGACAAAGAACAUUUAC